GGGGCCGAGCGCAUCACUGGCUUCCUGGGGCUGCAGCCCCCGGCGCAGUUCCUCAUUCCGCUCGCACUCAGGCCUCAGACUCGGUGGAGCUCAGCACUGGGGUGUUGGUGGCAGCUCUGAGGGGCCCCCACUGCCCUGUCAUGGCAUCUGCUCUGACCGUCCUCCUCCUCGGCUGCUGGCUGGCCGGGUGUAGCAGGGUGUCGGGACAGGCAUCCUACCCCAAACCCUCCAUCUCCGUCAGCCCCGGUGGGGUGAUUCCCUUGGGGGGAAACGUCACCAUCCGGUGUCAGCAUCAGCUCCUGGGCAUGAGGAUCCUGUUCUACAAGGAUGAAGAUGAGAAUAUUCUGAAUUACACGGACCCUGCCGGCUCUGAGGCUGAAUUUCCCAUCACCAGUGCCAGACGGGACCACGGGGGCAGCUACACCUGUCGUUAUAGCAACAGAACAGGAAACGUUACCUACUCGGAGCACAGUGACCCUGUGCAGAUCAUUGUAGCAGAUCCCAGAUUUCCCAGACCCUCCAUCUCCCUGAGCCCCACCGGGGUCAUCGCCCCAGGGGCAGACGUCACCAUCUGGUGUCAGGGUCCGCGCAGGUACAUGAGGCACAUGAGGUACGUGAGGUUCUUCCUGCACAAGGCUGGAGACCUGAACCCGCAGCAACAGAUGGGCCAUGCCUGGGAUGGGGCCGAGUUCCGCAUCCCCAGCGUGGGCCGGCAGCACGGAGGAAACUACAGCUGCAGCUACCAGCCCUGGCCAGAGCCCUUCGUCUCCUCGCAGCCCAGCGAUACCGUGCAGCUGGUGGUAGCAGCGGGAACCGACCCGACCCAGCCUGGAGCAGCGCCGGCUCCCACCCACCCAGGCAGCGCGGGGCCAGCAGGCCCCCCAGGGCGCCCGGAUUUCACCCACGCCAACAUCGCCCGCCUGGCGCUGGGCGCCGCGGUCCUGCUCGUCCUGGGGCUGAUCCUGGCCGAGGCCCGUUACAGCCGCCCAAGGGGGGCGCCCUAGCUGAGGUGACCCCUUUGUCGCUCGCCUCUGGAUCCUUUUUCCAGUUUCUCCACCUCCUUUCUAUGGAGCGGGGACCAGAACUGGACACAGCUCCCGGCCUGCCCAGCGCCGAGCAGAGCGGUUCUCACCGCCCGGGAUGUGCGCGCUGCACCUCUGGUAGUGCAGCUGCACGUUGCAUUUGCUUUUGUCUUGCACCGGCAUCGCGUCGCUGACUCACGUCGAGGGUGCGAUGAUCCACCACAGCUCCCCGCUCCGUCCCAGCAGUGCUGCUGCCAACCCGGCUACCCCCAUCCUGCGUUUGUGCAUUUGGUUUUUCUUCCCUUAGUGCAGCACCUCCAUUGACUUUCGACCAGCUUGGUAAAGAGACGGCUAAGGGGGGAUACGAUAGAGGUCUAUAAAAUCAUGACUGGUGUGAAGAAACCAAAUCAGGAAGUGCUAUUUACUCCUUCUCGUAACACAAGAACUAGGGGGCACCCAAUGAAAUGAAGAGGCAGCAGGUUUCAAACAAACCACAGGAACUAUUUCUUCACCCAGCGCACAGUCAAGCUGUGGAACUCACUGCCAGAGGAUGUUGUGAAGGCCAAGACCAUAACAGGGGUCAAAAAAAGAACUAGAUAAGUUCAUGGAGGACGGGUCCAUCAAUGGCUAUUAGCCAGGA